AAAAAAAUUGCAGAUAUUAUUAGAUCUUCGCUUUUCCACAAACAGGAACCUGUAAUUGCAAAGAUAACCUAAACCCUAAUCUUCUCCCUCUGUACUUUGAGUUCAGUUUCUGGAUGUUUCCAUCUGAAUCUCUGUUAAUAGAUAGAGAUAUCUGCAUGUCUGUGUAUUUUUAGGUCAGUAUUGGAUUUGAGAUUUAUCUAUUAUGGCUACGGAGAAUAGUACCAAUUCUGCGUCGACUUCGAGAUCGAAUUCGACCGCCGAUUCUUACAUUGGCAGUUUGAUAAGCUUGACAUCCAAGAGUGAGAUCAGAUACGAGGGCGUUCUCUACAACAUCAACACUGAAGAGUCCAGUAUCGGACUGAAAAACGUGCGGUCAUUUGGAACAGAAGGACGUAAAAAGGAUGGUCCGCAAAUUCCUCCCAGUGACAAAGUUUAUGAGUACAUAUUGUUCCGUGGAAGUGACAUCAAGGACCUACAGGUUAAGUCUUCUCCCCCUGUUCAGCCUACGCCACCUAUAAACAAUGAUCCAGCUAUUAUACAGUCUCACUAUCCUCGCCCAGUUUCUACACCUGCAAGCUUGCCGCCUGCUGUUAGUGGGUCUUUGAGUGAGAUUGGAUCCCACGCAGCUCAAAUGGGACUACCCGGGCCUAAUUUCCAAGGUGGGCCGCCUUUAUAUCAACCUGGAGGGAACCUGGGAACAUGGGGAGCUUCACCUCCUCCCCCAAAUGCAAAUGGGAGUGGGCUUGCUAUGCCAAUGUAUUGGCAAGGUUACUAUGGCCCUCCAAACGGGCUUCCUCAUUUACACCAGCAAUCCUUGCUUCGUGCGCCACCUGGGCUUUCAAUGCCGCCUCCUAUGCAGCCAAUGCAGUAUCCCAAUUUUAAUGCCGCUUUACCCACUGGAGCCUCAAACUUGCCAACUUCCUUAUCGGAUAUUCAAUCUCCUUUGCUUUCUGUUGGUACUAGUUCCCUUAACUUAGCAUCCACUUCUUCAGCACCAUCAACUUUGCCUUCAACUUUACCUCCAGGGCCUUCUGCUAGUUUAGCUUCAGAAACAUUACCUAGUUUGAUUCCUAACAAGUCUCCUAGUUCUGCACUUCCUGCAGCCAAUUUAAGUGCCAGCUUACCGGCACUCUCUCCUUUGACUUCUUCAGGCCCAGAAUUAAAUACCAUUGUACCACCAAUCUCUUAUAAACCUGGUACUCAAUCUACAUCUUCAGUUGUGGUCUCUGGUUCUCUUCGAACAGAAACACCUACACCUUCAUUGAUAACCCCUGGUCAGCUGUUGCAGUCUGGAUCGACUACGGUCCCUUCAUCACAACCUGUCCAAACAGCUCAUAAAGAUGUGGAGGUUGUUCAAGUAUCAACAACAUUAUCAGCAGAACCAUCAGUACCAGCUGUUACGGAAGCUCAGCCACCAAUUCUCCCAUUACCUGUUCCAGUACGGGCAAGUCACAAGCCAAAUGGAGCUCCUUUUCAUUCUCGUCAUGGUUAUAGGGGGCGUGAAAGAGGAAGGGGAACUGGGAGUUCACGUCCUGUGACAAAAUUUACUGAGGAUUUCGAUUUUAUGGCAAUGAAUGAGAAAUUCAAGAAGGAUGAAGUAUGGGGUCAUCUCGGUAAGAGCAACAAAUCUCAUUCAAAGGACAGAGAAGAUGGGAAACACAGUGAUGAAGAUGAUUCUCAAUAUGAAGAUGAUGAUGAAUUGACUAAGAUUGAAGUUAAGCCUCUUUAUAACAAAGAUGACUUUUUCGACACACUCUCCUGCAAUGCGCUUGAUCAUGAUUCUCAGAAUGGAAGGACCAGAUUCUCUGAGCAACUGAAAAUAGACACAGAGACUUUUGGGGACUUUCAAAGGUAUCGGGGAGGUAGGGGUGGCCGUGGGCCUCCACGUGGUGGCCGUCCCUAUGGAUCUUAUCAUGGAAGGGGAUAUGGCUAUGGCUAUGGCUACGGCUAUGGUGGGAGGGGCCGUGGCCGGGCCAUGCCUAAUCGUUCUUAGGCAGUGGUUAGUAUAUGCGAUGUUAGUGGGGUAAACUUAGAGCCCAAUAGCCCAAGAACCAACAAACUAAUACAGGGCUAUGCUUGCAGUGUGUUUUCCUGAUUGUCUAGAGAAUAAGGGGUAGGAUGUUUUGCGUGUUUUUCAUUUAGUGCAUUCAUGUUCCCUUUCGUGUAACAAUCCUAGCGGAGUUGAUCGAGAAGAAUUAUAUUUCAAUUGAAGAAUUACUUAGCUGUCA